CGUGCCUCCUCCUCCUCCAUCGCGCGCCUCCGCCUGUGACUUCACCGCGCGCCUCCACCGCCUCCUCCUCAGCAAUUUAAACGACUUCAUCGACGUCACCUUCUCUUCGUCAGACAUCCUAUUUCUCCGGCACACUUACUUAAGGUUAGCAUGGCUCGUAACUACAUCAGAGAUAAGGAUUGGAUGUAUGUGGGUCGUGCAGAACGCAUGCAAUCUAUUUUUGUUAACGGAGUUAGUGCUUUCAUGGACUUUGUACGUAGACACGAUAUGGUACGACAUGGGAGACUCAUUUGUCCAUGUAAAUUAUGUUCAAAUAAGUUGCAUCAAUUGGAGGAAGAAGUUGAACUUCAUAUUGUGAAGAAUGGUUUUGCUAGCGGUUACAAAACUUGGGUAUAUCAUGGAGAAAUUGAAGGUCUCAGUGAUGCAGAUGAUGAAGAACAAGAAGAAGACAACUUUUUUCUUGAUGAGGAAAUGGAGGAAAUGGUUGAGGUUGCUCUUGGUAACAAUAACCCUGCUGAAGAUCCUCCUUUCGGAAGAGGACAUCGUGAAGACAAUUAUGAUAAAUACAUGAAUGAUGCUAGGAGGCCCAUUUAUGAGAAUGCUAAACACUCCACGCUGUCAUGGUUCGUCCAUCUAUUCCAGAUUAAAUGUCUAAAUAAAUGGAGUAACAAGUCAUUUACGAUGCUCCUCAAGUUUCUUAAAGAUUCUAUGCCUCCGGGGAACCAUGUGCCUGAAAGCUGGUACGAAGCUCAAAAAAUAAUGUCUAAUCUGGGUCUGAAGUGUGAGAUGAUACAUGCAUGUCUCAAUGAUUGUAUAAUUUACUGGAAAGAAAAUUCAGAUAAGAUUGCGUGUCCUACUUGCGGAGAGACUAGAUAUAAGAAGAAAGUACCUGGUCAGAAGAAGGAUAUACCUUUCAAGAUAGUACGAUAUUUUCCCAUAACACAGAGGCUGCAGAGGCUAUUCAAGUGCAAGAAGACAGCAGUGGCGAUGACUUGGCAUCACCGUGCACGUCCAAGUGAAAAUGGACGAAUGAGUCAUCCUAGAGAUACACCUGCAUGGAAGGAUUUUGAUAAUAGGCACCCAACAUUUAGUCAGGAACCUCGCAAUAUCAGGCUUGGAUUGGCUAGUGAUGGCUUUUGUCCCUUCAGCUUUAAGGGUAAUCCCCAUAGCACAUGGCCCGUUGUGAUGAUGGUUUAUAACCUUUCACCGUGGUUGGCUAUGGACCAAUCAUAUUUCAUGAUGCCUCUUCUUAUUGAUGGUCCUAAGUCACCGGGAAAUAAUAUUGACGUCUAUCUUCGGCCUCUUAUCGAAGAGUUAAGGUCUUUAUUCAUCGAUGGUGUGGAGACAUACGAUGCGGACACGGGGACUAACUUCACCAUGCGUGCAGCCUUAAUGUGGACAAUCAAUGAUUUUCCUGCGUAUGGAAUGCUAUCUGGUUGGUCUGUACAUGGUUACACUGCAUGUCCUUACUGUCAUCUCCAGACAACAUCGAGAAGGCUACCCUUUAGCAAUAAAACUUGUUAUUGUGGUCAUCGACGCAUGUUGGAUGAAAAUCAUCCGUACAGAGAUGAUAUUAUCCACUUUGAUGGUACUAAAGAGAAUCGUUCGCGUCCAGACCCAUUAUCCGGAGAGGAUAUACUUGCUCAGUGGAAUGGUAAAAACAAUGUGGCUUUUGGAAAAGUUAAGGGAAGGCAAGAAACACCACAGGGAUGGAACAAGAAAAGUAUCUUCUUCGAACUACCUUAUUGGAAGACAAAUAAAGUGCGACACAAUCUAGAUGUCAUGCAUAUUGAGAAGGGAGUGUCUGAGCACAUACUUAACUUACUUCUCUGUAAAGAUGGAAAAUCAAAAGAUAACCUUAAAGCUCGAAGGGAUCUUCACGCGUGGAACAUUAGAAAAGAAUUGCAUCCUAUACCAAAAGUAGGCAAUCCUGACCAGUUUGUACUCCCCAAUGCUGUGUAUCACAUGUCAUCAGAUGAGAAGAAAAAGUUUCUUCAGGUGUUACAUGAGUUGAAGGUUCCUACAGGGUUUUCAGGAUCAUUUAGUAAGAAGAUAAAGAUUGUUAAAGGUAAGAUCGAAGGGUUGAAGAGUCAUGAUCAUCAUAUUAUUAUGGAGCAUCUUCUUCCACUUUCUCUCAGGACUUCCCUUCCUAAAUCAGUCGGUUUAGUGAUCAAUGAUCUUUGUAGAUUCUUUCGGGAGUUGUGCACUAAAAACAUUGACGAUGAUAAGUUGAAGAAGCUAGAGGCUGAAAUUCCUAUAAUUUUAUGCAAGUUUGAGCGGAUUUUUCCACCAUCAUUCUUUGAUAUCAUUAUACACCUGACUGUUCAUCUUGCAACCGAGGCUAGGCUGGCUGGACCCGUACAAUAUCGAUGGAUGUACCCCAUUGAAAGGUACCUUCUCACUUUGAAAAACUAUAUUCGCAAUAGAAAUCGACCAGAGGGUUCUAUUAUGGAAGGUUAUUUGCUAGAGGAAGUAACCACUUUUUGUUCUCGUUAUCUGGAUGAAGACAUUGAGACAAAACUCAACAGACCUCUCGUGAUUCAUGACGGACCAUCAAAAAAGCCGGAUUAUAAUAGAAUGACUCUCGCAUUUAUCAACAAGAUUCAUCGCUUUAUCAUUCUCAAUAUCGAAUGCCUUGGAGAAGUUAGAGAAAUACAUAAGGAUGAAAUACGUGCAAUGCAUAGUAAUUGGAAUGAGGCAUGCGUUGAAGCACAUCAUCAGGACAACUUUUCCAAUUGGUUUAAACAUUAUAGCCGAUUACCGAGUGUAGAAUCAACUUUAGAUAAGGAGCUUGGAUAUUUGGCUACACUUCCAGAUGCUGAACUUAAAUACUAUAAAGGAUUCGGUGUUGGUGGUUACAAGUUUGAAAUCAAGUCUAUAGAAGAAUCUCGAACCACCCAAAAUAGUGGAAUUGCAACCCUAGGCACUAAUGACGAGAUAUACUAUGGGUACCUUGAUAACAUACUUGGUAUCAACUAUCCAGGACGAGCAGGAUGCAUUUAUGUCUUUCAAUGUGUUUGGUAUGACAUGAAGACUGGAACUGGUAAGUGGAGAGACAAUUACGGGACUUGGGUAGAUGAAUAUGGAUUGACGAGUGUAAACACCACGCGUUUUUCCUUUGAGGACGAUCCAUUUAUAUUUCCAGAACAAGCAUUUCAAGUAUACUACUCGAAGUGCUUGAGCCAUUCAGGGUGGAGUGUGGUAUGUCGAUGGAGGCCCAGGGAUACUUACGACGUCCCACAGUUCAUAGAUUCAGAGGUUGUGGAGAUCAAUGAUGACGAAGAAUUUGAGCAGGGAGGAGUUGUAUGUCAAGAUAAAUCUCCUGAAUUUGAUAAAAUUUUGUGGGUUAGGAAUGAUUUGAAUAGUGAAAUACUUGUAGAUAUUCCUACAAUUUCUAGGGAAUCUGUAGAACCUAACACUUCUGUAAAGCGAAAAAGGGCUUGACGAAUAUGUCUGGAGUUCCAUCGCAGAGCAGAUCACGUAGACUUAUACAGCGCGGAGACCUGCAUCGUCAGGCGAGAGAGCAAAGCUCAAAUCAUUGAGGAUGGUGGCACACCUACAAUGUUGAAACUAUAUUUGGGUACCCACUCGUCAUCGGUAGAUAAGAUCACCGGAGAGUAUACAUACCCGGACAACAACACUAAGGAGUAUUGUAAUCGAGUCAUUGAGGAGGCAACCUUAUCCGGAGUUGAAUCAGCCACAGAGGACGAUGCACUUUAUUUCACCCAGAUGUUAGAUUCUCUGCACGGAGGGCAUCACGGUGGUUAUGAGAGAGCCAUGGGCAUUGGUGCCACUCGGACUUACUUGAGGGCAUCCUCCAUACCGGAAAUUGGCGCUUCUAAUCAGGAGCUACGUCGCGAGGUGGCUGAUCUUAGAGCUCGGGUAGCUGAGAUGGAUAGUCUUAGAGAGGAGCUUAGGUCUCAGAUGCAAUGGAUUAAUAACAAUAUGGUUAAUUCUCAAGGAGCUCAUCCUGCCCCCACUCCUAAUGAUCCCCCAGCUUUUACUCGUCCUGCUCCAAUUCCUCAGCCUGCUAUCGAUAUACCACAAUCUGGUCGUCCUGCUUCGACUGCUAACACUUUUAUUUCUAGUGCUCAACGUUUGUCAAAGGAGAAUCUUGCUAGGAUAUUUGCAGACUUGAGGGGUUCGGGCUUGUCCCAGGAGGACAUUCUUCGAGGAAUUUCUUCUGUUCCUUGACUGGAUGAAUAAAGUCACUCUUAUAUUAUAUUUUGGAUGUAUGAGUUAUUUUGGAUAUUAGAGACAUAUAUAUAAUAUUGGAUGCUUUUAGUUGUGAGAUAUUGAGUAAUCAUUGUGUCUGUAUAUAUAAUAUUGAAUAUUUAUCACUGUUUGAGACA